UCAGUUUGUUCUGUGCUCUAGACUGCACAAGCGUCCUCCACUUCCCUUGUUCUCACUCUCUGCCUCUACGUCGCAGCAACCACGAUUGUCUCCGACGCUGUUUGUUCCUUCCAUUCUGGUAAUUUCUCCUGUUCACAACGCACUGUACGCCAGAACCCAAGUGUCAAGUGCUAACCCUCUUUGACCCCCCCUUCCGGGUCGGAUAUAUCAGGUUUAAGCCCAUUCGAGUUGAGCCCAAGUGAUUAAAACUUUCAUGCCCUUUUCUCGACCGAUUGCUCUUAAACCCUAACUGAUUCAACGGAUUCGAACUUGGUUCCUAACCUUUCAUUAUUGGUCAAGAACCUCAAAUCGUUUUUAAUACCAGCUUUUGCUCUAUAAAGGAAAACGGGUUACGAAGAAACUGCUUUUCUUUUCGAAAUUUUGAAGCGGUAUAUAAUACAUAUUAACCAACAUCUCUCACUGUGAGAGAGAAUGUCUCGUAAGAAUGAGGGCGUGCCUGGCGACGAAGAUGAUUCCACUAUUGAUAAGAAAUGCAGCACUUACUUUGAUGUCUAUGGCCCCCAAGGCAGGGCCGAUGUUAUUUUUAAAUCACCUGAAGCUAAUUCGACUUUGAAUCUUCAGGACAUUCAAGGUCUGGUAACUUGGGUUCUUGCCGAAGGAUUUAUGCCGUCAUGGGUUUUCAUUAAGAACAAACCUCUUAUUCAAAAAGUGGUGAUGCUCUAUACUCCAGGUCUGGAUGCGGCUUUGUACCUGUCACAAUCUAAAAUGCUCCCCUUUUUAAAAAAAGUCUGUGGCAAUCCGAGGGCAGUCUUAGCUCUUAGCUGUGUUUCAGAUGGAAUGCAGACAAUAGAUGCUCUCCUAACGUGCAAGCUGAAAAGAAAGAGGGAUGAAAGCAGCUCAGUUAUGGAGAAACCGACCCUGAUAUCUCCACAAGAAAAGGGCAGUGGUGGUACGGAUAAUAGAUCAUUUACGGAGCUUACAAAAGGCAUUCCUUUCCCUGUUACGUAUUAUACACUUACAGAGAAGGAAUUAGAAGACAAUGGAUAUUUAUUUAAACAACCAGGAUUUCUUUUGACUUUGCCUGCUCCUUCGGGAUCUUCUCCCUUUGAAAUGCUGGCGCUUGAUUGUGAAAUGUGCAUCACAAGUGAGGGUUUUGAACUUACAAGAAUUACUCUAGUGGAUUUUAAAGGACAGGUCGUGCUUGAUAAAUUGGUUAAACCAUCAAAUGCUAUCAUUGAUUACAAUACCAGGUUUAGUGGUAUAACACCUGAGAUGUUAAAUGGGGUCACCACAAAUCUGAAAGACAUUCAGGAUGAAUUUCUAAAGCUGGUUUACCAAGAGACUAUUCUGGUUGGGCAUUCUUUAGAAAAUGAUUUGUUAGCUCUGAAGAUCUCUCAUGAUUUGGUAAUUGACACAGCAGUAUUAUAUAAACACCGCCGAGGCGCAUCUCAUAAAACUGCUCUGCGGAUUCUUGCCAAGAAAUUUCUCUCUCAGGAAAUACAGCAAUCAGGGAAUGGACAUGACAGCGCUGAAGAUGCUAGAGCUGCAAUGGAAUUGGCACUAUUGAAGAUCAGACAUGGACCUGACUUUGGUUCUCCCCCAUCCUUCAUGCGGAAGAAGCUCUCUUCUCUUUUGAGCGAGUCUAACAAAACUUCCUCUUUGAUUGAUGAUAUAUCUAUAGUAAAACGAUAUGCAUCUGAGUCCUCCAAUGCAAUUCCUGUGACUUCUGAUGAUGAGGCACUUGUAAGGAUCACCAAGGAGGUGAAAAAUGAUAAGGUACAUUUUGUCUGGACACAAUUUUCGGAAUUACAUUCAUACUUGAAGAAGCAAGCUGAUGAUUCGGAGAUCUUGAAUAAAAGACUUGCAGAGAUGAUGUCAUUGCUUACUUGUAAGAAGAAUUCUGCCAAAGGUAAAGACAUCAAGCUGAGGGCAACUACUGAAUUGAAGGAAAUUCUAGGUCGUAUGGAUGCUAGAAUUGAAACUCUGUACAAGUCAUUACCGUCUAAUGCUAUGUUGAUAAUUUGCACCGGUCAUGGAGACACAGCAAUUGUGCAAAGACUUAGGAGAAUGCUUGCGGAGCAGAGCGAAUCCACUAUAUGUCGUGAGGAGAUUGUGGAAAUCCUAGAAGAGGUUCAGGCUCGAGCUGAGGUUGCCUUGUGUUUUUUAGGUGUGAAGCAUUGAUUAUAACACAGCUGAAUUAUUCAUGAGACCUUUUGGUGAGCGUCCAAAAUAGAUUAGUAAAGGUUGUGACUGUAAAUAUUGAUCAUUUAUUCAGAUAAAAAGGUAAUAUUGAUAAUUUUGUUGCUUGCCGGGCCCUUUUUUGUCUCCUAUUGCGGGAAGGAGAAAGGUCAUCAAAUGAUACUCUGAUUUCUCCCGGCGGUUUUUUUCUACUCUUACACUGGGCAAAAAGUAACACUCUAAUCUUGGUUUAGCUUCAAAAUUAGAAUGUUAUGGGGGCCUUGUGUUUGUUUUAUAUGACCUUUUUCGUUUUGAGGGGGGAAAGCUUGUUUACGGGUUCUGGUCAAACAAUGGCUUAUUAAUUUGUUUCCCAAU